UCCAAGUUGAGAGCCACAUCAACUUCCGCCGCCAACACCCAAAAAGAAAAAGAAAAAGAAAAACAUCAACUGGGAGCAGCGGGCGGCGCCGGCGAGCACCAGCUCCAAACAAAGACAAAUAAGGGUUUAUCAUUCUCGUAAAUCCAAGUGGCGUUUUCUGCAAUUGAUUCUACGCAAGUUUCAAUUUCAUAGACUUUAUUGCUCGCGAUAUCUGGUGGCUUAUUACAUUGCUAUUUAUCGUUUCACACUAUCAGUAGUUGUAGCGGAUCUUUGGCAGGAACAAUUUAGAGAAGGAUUUUGGAAUCAGCCAAACCUAUAACACCGCUAAGUUAAGUUUGGAACUGAGAAAAUGGCUGAAUCUCCGUCUCUUGGAAAACGGAAAGAAGCAGAGGAUUCACAAGUCAACGAGACUUCAACUCAACAAUCCCUCUCAAAUAAACGUCGCAAUUUGGCGCGAACAUGCGUGCAUGAAGUGGCUGUCCCCAUUGGCCAUGUUUCAUCAAAGGAUGAAUCAAUUUAUGGCACUCUGUCAAAUCCUGUGUAUAACGGAGAGAUGGCAAAAUCAUAUCCUUUCACGCUCGACCCUUUUCAGCAGGUAUCCGUUGCCUGUUUAGAAAGAAACGAGUCUGUUUUGGUCUCUGCACAUACUUCUGCUGGUAAAACUGCUGUUGCCGAGUAUGCCAUUGCAAUGGCUUUUAGGGAUAAGCAGAGGGUUAUAUAUACUUCGCCCCUCAAAGCUUUGAGCAAUCAGAAAUACAGAGAACUUAGUCAGGAGUUUAAAGAUGUUGGGUUGAUGACCGGUGAUGUUACUAUUUCACCUAAUGCCAGUUGUCUAGUAAUGACAACCGAGAUUCUUAGAGGAAUGCUUUACAGGGGUUCUGAAGUUUUAAAGGAAGUUGCAUGGGUUAUAUUUGAUGAAAUUCAUUACAUGAAAGAUCGUGAAAGAGGAGUUGUUUGGGAAGAGAGCAUAAUAUUUUUGCCCCCGGCUAUCAAGAUGGUAUUUUUAUCGGCGACCAUGUCAAAUGCCACGGAAUUUGCAGAAUGGAUUUGUAAUCUGCACAAACAGCCUUGUCAUGUUGUGUAUACCGAUUUCCGACCAACUCCUUUGCAGCAUUAUGUCUUCCCCAUGGGUGGUAGUGGUUUGUAUUUAGUAGUAGACGAGAAUGAGCAAUUUAGGGAAGACAAUUUUGUGAAAUUGCUGGAUGACUUUUCCAAGCAGAAACAAAGCAGUGCAAAAUCUAAUGGAAAAACUGCAAAAGGCGGGUCUGCAUCUGGCGGUUCUGACAUAUACAAGAUAGUGAAGAUGAUCAUGGAACGAAAAUUCCAACCUGUUAUUAUCUUCAGCUUUAGUAGAAGAGAAUGUGAGCAACAUGCCAUGUCUAUGUCCAAACUUGAUUUCAAUACCCAAGAGGAAAAGGAUACAGUCGAACAUGUUUUCCGUAAUGCAGUACUUUGUUUGAAUGAAGAAGACAGGAGUUUACCUGCUAUUGAAUUGAUGUUGCCUCUUCUUCAGCGAGGAAUUGCUGUUCAUCAUUCUGGCCUUCUUCCUGUUGUUAAAGAAUUGGUUGAGCUCCUUUUCCAGGAAGGCCUUGUAAAGGCUCUCUUUGCCACUGAAACUUUUGCAAUGGGCUUGAACAUGCCUGCUAAAACUGUCGUGUUCACAGCUGUUAAGAAGUGGGAUGGUGAUAGUCACCGUUAUAUUGGAUCUGGUGAAUAUAUCCAGAUGAGUGGAAGGGCUGGUCGUCGUGGCAAAGAUGAACGUGGAAUUUGCAUCAUUAUGAUUGAUGAGCAGAUGGAAAUGAAUACCCUCAAGGACAUGGUUUUGGGUAAACCUGCUCCUUUAGUUAGUACAUUCAGGCUAAGCUAUUACUCAAUUUUAAAUUUGAUGAGCCGUGCGGAAGGACAGUUCACUGCUGAACACGUAAUAAGGAAUUCAUUUCAUCAAUUUCAGUAUGAAAAGGCCUUACCUGAUAUAGGAAAAAAGGUUUCAAAGCUGGAGGAGGAAGCUGCCUUGCUGGAUGCAUCAGGGGAGGCUGAAGUAGCUGAAUAUCAUAAACUUAAACUGGAAAUAGCACAACUUGAGAGGAUGAUGAUGUUGCAAAUAAUAAGGCCCGAAAGGAUACUUUAUUUUCUUCUUCCAGGUCGUUUGGUGAAGAUAAGAGAAGGGGGAACUGAUUGGGGCUGGGGGGUUGUAGUCAAUGUUGUUAAGAAGCCUUCUGGUGGUGGUUAUAUAGUAGAUACUUUACUUCAUUGCUCACCUGGUUCUACUGAGAACAGUUCACGGCCAAAACCUUGUCCACCCCGUCCUGGAGAGAAAGGUGAAAUGCACGUGGUCCCAGUUCAAUUGCCACUAAUUUCUGCCCUUAGUAAACUAAGGAUUUCUAUACCUCCUGAUCUUCGACCCUUGGAAGCAAGACAAAGUAUACUGCUUGCUGUACAGGAGCUGGGGAAUCGUUUUCCUCAAGGUCUUCCGAAGCUUAACCCUGUGAAAGACAUGGACAUACGAGAUCAAGAAAUUGUUGAUAUUGUCAAUCAAAUAGAGGAACUUGAGAAAAAGUUGUAUGCUCAUCCUUUGCAUAAGCAUCAAGAUGUGGAUCAAAUUAAAUGUUUUCAGAGGAAAGCAGAGGUGAAUCAUGAAAUUCAGCAGCUGAAGACAAAAAUGCGUGAUUCUCAGCUGCAAAAAUUUCGGGAGGAGCUCAAGAACCGCUCACGAGUUUUAAAGAAGCUUGGUCAUAUUGAUGCAGAUGGUGUAGUUCAGUUGAAGGGACGGGCAGCUUGUUUAAUUGACACAGGCGAUGAACUUCUUGUUACUGAAUUAAUGUUUAAUGGUACAUUUAAUGAUCUUGACCAUCAUCAAAUUGCUGCUCUUGCAAGUUGUUUUAUUCCUGGAGAUAAAUCAAACGAGCAGAUACAAUUAAGGACAGAGCUUGCUAGACCCCUGCAACAGCUUCAAGACAGUGCAAGAAGAAUAGCAGAGAUACAACAUGAAUGCAAAUUGGAUAUAAACGUGGAUGAGUAUGUGGAGUCCACAGUAAGGCCUUAUUUGAUGGAUGUCAUAUACUCUUGGUCAAAGGGAGCAAGUUUUGCUGAUGUUAUACAAAUGACUGACAUCUUUGAAGGAAGUAUCAUCAGGAGUGCUAGAAGGCUUGAUGAAUUUUUGAAUCAGUUGCGUGCUGCUGCAGAGGCAGUAGGGGAGGUUGAAUUGGAAAAGAAAUUUGCAGCAGCAAGUGAAAGCCUUCGCCGAGGUAUUAUGUUUGCAAACUCUCUGUAUCUGUGAUUUGUUACCCUGCAGGCUACACUGUAAAUCUGUAGUUCAUCCACCCGUGAAACACUGCCUUCUUCCCGACCUGGAGGUUCUGGCUGGCCGGAAAAUUUCUGUCUUCAUUAUGGGUGCAUUAAAUUCCUUUUCUUUGCUUUCCCUUGUAUAUUUGUUAUGCACUUCGCAUGCAGUCACCAAUGUUAAAAGGAAUUAGAUUAGAUCAGAAAGAAAAGAAAAUUUGAUCAUUGCAAGUCUAGAAUGGUAGGAAAUCUUGAAUCCAUCAAGUUUCCAUAGCAAUGGAGUGAAUCACGUUCAAGUCUAGCUUCAGAAGGCUUGGCCUUGGGGAUGCAGAAAUGAAGAAAUUACUGUGAACUGAGUCAUCGAGUUGUAAUUAAUCCAAGUUUGCAAUUGAUGAAAAUUUUGAAUAUAAAUUUUGACUGUAAAUUUAUUAUUUUAGUGAUUAUUUUUUAAAUUUGAUUGAUUGACUACUCA